AUGGUCCGGUCCUCGCACCUCAGUCGCUUCACGCCUAUCGUGAGCCGAAAUAUUCUAGGGCACAUUCCCUUCUCCGCCGCUCCCUCCGUGCUCGCUGAUUUUACCGACAUCCUCCCAUCCUCGCCCGGAUUAGCCGUUAUCUCCGGCGACCUUAAGUUCUCUGCUUGGCCGAUAGAAGAACGAAUUACGGAGGCGGUAGUAAUGAUCCAAAAGAAAGAGAAAGUUAAUUCCUUGAAAAAUGUUCAUGAAAAUAAAACUCCUUUAUGGCCACCGCCCACGAAAAAAAACAAGAGGAUUUCGAAGGGGAAGAAGGGAGGCAAGAAGAAAGCAGCUGACCCCUUUGCUAAGAAGGACUGGUAUGAUAUCAAGGCGCCGUCUAUUUUCAACACCAGAAACGUGGGCAAAACUCUAGUUACUCGUACUCAGGGAACUAAGAUUGCUUCAGAAGGGCUCAAGCACCGUGUGUUUGAGGUGUCCUUGGCUGACUUGCAAAAGGAUGAAGAUCACUCCUUCAGGAAGAUUCGUUUGAGAGCUGAAGAUGUUCAGGGCAAGAAUGUUCUCACAAACUUCUGGGGCAUGGAUUUCACCACUGACAAACUGAGAUCACUCGUGAGGAAAUGGCAGUCACUAAUUGAGGCACAUGUUGAUGUCAAGACAACCGACAACUACACUCUGAGGUUGUUCUGCAUUGCCUUCACUAAGAAGCGUGUGAACCAGCAGAAGAGGACAUGCUAUGCACAGUCUAGCCAGAUUCGUCAGAUCCGGAGGAAGAUGAGGGAGAUCAUGGUGAACCAAGCACAAUCUUGUGUUCUAAGUGAAUUGGUUCAGAAGUUCAUUCCGGAGUCGAUUGGCAAAGAGAUUGAGAAGGCAACUCAAAGCAUCUACCCUCUGCAGAAUGUGUAUAUCAGGAAAGUCAAGAUCUUGAAAGCUCCCAAAUUCGACCUUGGCAGGCUUAUGGAUGUUCAUGGCGAUUCUAAUGAAGAGAUUGGUGUGAAGUUGGAAAGGCCGGCCGAGGAGCCAAUGGCUGAGGCUACUGAAGUUGUUGGUGCCUAGAAUUGGUUACAUUCACAAGUUCAGAGAUGUCCUAUCCAGUUAUAUGUACCCAGUUUUGUGGAGAGAUUCAGAAACUGAUUUUUCUUUCUAUUAUAGAUAUUUGGUAAUGAGUCUUUUGUUUAAUUUUUUUGGUUAAAUUGCACCGUGAAUUUUGUUUCCAUUAUGAGUAACUUCAAGUUUCACCCUGCUUGAUUAUAACGGGAGAUUCUUCUUUCUGGCUAUUAAAAUUAAAUACCCGUCUUCAAUUUAUUUCGAUAUUAUGGCACCAUUUUCUGGCGAAAAGUGAUAUUACGGGAUUAGGAAAGAAAAUGAUGAAGAUUGGAAUUGUCGUAGGCAGUCAUCACAUAUCAUUUAUCG